AUGGCGGCUUCAAACGAGACGCUCCUCUACCGAAACCCUCUCAACUCGACAUCAGACGUCGCGAGUUGGGUACCCGAGGGCCCCGUCAACGUCACGGCAGUCGAGGGCGCGCUGGAAUUAUCCGGAGGGGGCGGCAUCGACGACCACUUUGUCUUCUGGGCCCCAGAGGUGUUCCCCGACCGCGUCCGCAUCACCUGGGAGUUCUCCCCGCGCAACGAGCCGGGGCUGGCCAUCUUCUUCUUCGCCGCCGAGUCCGUCAGCGGCGGCAGCAUCUUCGACCCGGGCCUGGCGCCGCGCAACGGCUCCUACCCGCAGUACCACUCGAGCGACAUCCGGACGCUGCACGUGUCGUAUUUCCGCCGGCGCUGGCCCGAGGAGCGCGCGUUCCUCCUGUCCAACCUGCGCAAGUCCCCGGGUUUCAACCUCGUGGCCCAGGGUGCGGAUCCGCUGCCGCCUGUCGUUGAUGCGGCUGGUGCUUUCUAUAGGAUUACCGUCAUCAAGGACGGUCGCGAUGGGUUGGCCUCCGUGGGCUACCCCACGUUUUGGUAUUGGUACUUCAUGAAUGAUGACGAUGUUGCCACGAUUAUGGACGCCCAUGUCGAUUCUGCCUUCACCCUCACUUACACCGACGACCCUGAUUAUAUCCAGAAAUACUUCUCGCCCGUCGGAGAGUAUAAGAAGUGGCUCCUAGGAGAUAGAAUAGCACCUUGGCAGAAAUACCUCGGCCCUGAGGACAAGGCAACCUUUCAGUUCAUCCUGGCCGUCAGUGGCGGGUUCGACGGCCCGAUUAAGUCCUACAAAUCCCUGAUGAGGGACGUCAACGCCGCCGACGAAGAAGACAUUCCGCCAACCGCCGCCAAUAUUACACAACCAGUUCUACUCAUCACCGCGACUGAUGACCGAGUUGCACUUGCAGACGCGAAGGUAAACAACACAGCCCCGUACGCCGACCAGCUCCGCGUCACUCCGGUUAAGGCUGGUCACUUCUUGCUGGUGGAGCAGCCACAACAAGUCAACGAAGAGCUGCGAAGGUUUGUUGAUGACGUCCGGCGAAAUACUUCACAGUUCUACUAA